CGCGCGGGCCUCGCGAGAUGCGGAGCUCCCGCGGCGCUUCGCCUUCCUCCGCCACGCCGCCCUGCCCGCCCGGUGCUGUGCCCGCCCGCCGCCCUCCCUCGCCGGGGCAGGAAGCGGAGGCGGCCCGGUGGGAGGCCGGAGCGCCCCUGGCUCGGGUGUGCGCGGCAGGACUCUGCCCUCGGAAGGCGGGCGAGAAGCCCCUUUCGCCCCGCUGCCCGCCGGUGGGAGGGGGAGAGCCGCUCACCGCGCCGCGGGGCUGCUGCGGCGGUGUGAGGGGAGCGGGGCCUCAGGGGCGCCCGGCGGGUUGUAGCUCUGGAGGUCUGGCUCUGGAGACCCCAGCGAGCUCCUUGGCUGUCCUUCCUCGCCUCCCUCAGUCUCCGGCUCCCGGGGGUUUCUCAGCCCUCAGGUGGGGAGCUCACCUCCGAAGGUCAGUGUAGACGGAGCUGCCUGGGUGUCCUCUCGUGGCUAAAACCGUCCGAGGGACAAGUUUGCCUUAAAAAAGCUGUUCCUGAAGACUUGAGAACGCAGCCGUGGUGAGACCGGGUCAUCCUGAACCCGGUUGUGCUAAAGUCUCUGGAAUAGCUUUGCUUAAGGAGCCGGAAAGGGGGAAUCCUCGUCCAGACUUCGUUUCUAAGUGGGAGGGGAAAAAAAGUUUAUCUGUGGCAAUGAUAGAUCCUCUAGAGAACAACUUGUUUGAUCUUCCUGAUUAUGAGAAUACAGAAGAUGAAACGUUCCCACCUCUUCCACCUCCUGCCUCUCCAGGAAGAGAUGAUGCUGAAUGGGCUCAAGCUAAUGGAGAUGGAAACCAGCAGUCGCAAACAAAGGACUCUGCUGUAGCUACACGGAAAGCAGUUAAAAGACCAAUUCCUAAACUAGAUGCCCAGAGGCUAAUUUCAGAAAGAGGACUUCCAGCCCUGAGACAUGUGUUUGACAAUGUAAAGUUCAAGGGUAAGGGGCACGAGGCAGAAGACCUGAAGACACUCAUACGACACAUGGAACACUGGGCUCAUAGAUUAUUUCCAAAAUUGCAAUUUGAGGAUUUUAUUGACAAAGUAGAGUCUUUGGGAAACAAAAAGGAAGUUCAGACCUGCCUAAAGCGGAUUAGACUUGAUCUUCCUAUUUUACAUGAAGAUUUCACAAGUAAUGAAGAUGGUGGAGGGGAAAGCAACGGCCUGGAUACAGCCACUGAAGAUGUGCCUUCCCACCCUGAAAAUAUAGAAGGACUCAAUUCUCUGCCUGGCACAACUCUCACGGAAGAGCAGCAAGAGCGAAUCAAGAAGAACAGGCAGCUGGCCUUGGAGCGCAGGCAGGCAAAGAUGCAGUGUAACAGCCAGUCGCAUCAUGACGAGCUCUCCACUAGUUACUCAGAAGAGGAGUUUACCACCCCAGUCACUCAGGAUCCCGCUGACCUUACUCAAGACAUGCGUGCUGCUGCAGCUGAGGGUGCUGUUACAGAAGCUGAAGCUGGAGAUACAGAACUGGAAUGUGCUGGGGAAAAGCAGUAACUGGACCUUUUACUUCAAAUGACUUCCCUGACAGAAAGACCCCAGUGUUUUAAGUACUGUUGUUACACUGAAAUGUUGCUGGUGCUCUGCACUGACUGCAGAAGCUUCAUGACACCUGUAGAGCUGGGACAGAGUUCUUCACCUGUGUUCGAGGCAUCUCCCCCGUUUCCCCCCCCCAACACUCUUUAGGAAAUGUUAAUGACUUUUUCACCCUACUUUGGAUUUUGUUUACAACUGAUGUCAAACUGAAUUAACUGGGCUAUUGACAGGUGAAGUUUCUAUUAAAGUUGGGUUUGUUUUUCCCUUUGAGAGGGCCUAUAUAAUAGCAGAUAGUGCUAUGGCUGAAUGGUUUUUUUUACCUUGCUUAUUAAGUACCUGUAUCUUUUUCUUAUGAAAUGGAAGCAAUUAAAUUUUGGAAGUUGAACCUGAAA